AUGAAUGUCGAUGGUACUGUCCAACAAGCCCGUGUGGGUGUUGUUGUACACCGAGCGGAGUCUCUUGUUGGACUGAGCGCGAGUGGGACGUCGAAUCCCUUUGUUUCCGUUUCGGUUGGCGCGACAGUCCUCAGUACUCCUGUUGUGCAGAAUAGCACAAACCCCACAUUCGAGGCUGCUUUUAACUUCCCCGAAUGCCCUAUUCCAACUAUUCUGACACUUCGUGUAUUUCACAAGGAGGCCGGUGGGGUAGAGAGUCCACUCGGCAGUGCAACGCUUACGCUGUUUUCGCCGUCCGCGAUGACUCGCCGACAAGUACAACUGGGACAUGGUGGUAGCGUUGUUUUGUCUCAGAAGGCCCGUGACGGAUGCGGAUCGCUAGACAUUUCUUAUGAGGUAGUGGCGCCAACGUCCUAUAAAGCAACUGCAUCGGAACAACGAAAAUCUGUUGACGACGAUCUACCUUCGUUUUUGAGGGAUGACGCGGGGGCGGAAACCCUAACUUCAGCAUUUACGGCAUUCUCCCAACCUCCACCACCACCAGCUGCUGCAAUACCGAAACCACCAGAAUUUGGAGCUGUUCCUCCACCACCACCAGCUGCUGCAAUACCGAAACCACCAGAAUUUGGAGCUGUUCCACCACCACCACCAGCUGCUUCAAUACCGAAACCACCAGAAUUUGGAGCUGUUCCACCACCACCACCAGCUGCUUCAAUACCGAAACCACCAGAAUUUGGAGCUGUUCCACCACCACCACCAGCUGCUGCAAUACCGAAGCCACCAGAAUUUGGAGCUGUACCACCACCACCACCAGUUGCUGCAAUACCGAAGCCACCAGAAUUUGGAGCUGUUCCACCACCACCACCAGCUGCUUCAAUACCGAAACCACCAGAAUUUGGAGCUGUUCCACCACCACCACCAGCUGCUGCAAUACCGAAGCCACCAGAAUUUGGAGCUGUUCCACCACCACCACCACCAACUGCUGCAAUACCGAAGCCACCAGAAUUUGGAACUGUUGCCCCACCCGUCCCCGUCGUGGUACCCUCCACCUCUGGACAAUCAUUUAUUGCGAGUGCGGCUUUUGCAAAUGAGGACUCUUCUGAGACGUCACCACCACCUUCGUCUUCAACUAUGCCGGACACUGGGGGCACCUCUCACUCAUCUCACCGCGGUUAUUCAUCUGCAUCGUCCCCCAACAGCACCAAUCAUACGCAGCUGCAGAGGCAGCAAAUGGCAUCGGCAUCGUCAACGGGAGCGACAUCGACAUCUCUUCAUACUUCAUCGAAUCAUUCAAGCACCGCACCCCCGCCACCACUUCAGGCACAAAAGGAACCGCCACUUCAUGGAGUAGAUAAGACUUCGCGGGCUCCUUCGGGGUCAGCUUCCGUUGAACCAACCGCAAAGGAUAGUGAUAAAUCGCAGAAGAAAGUAAGAAUAGCCACGAAUGCGAAGGACCGCCCAACUAGUGCUGGAACCGCUGCAAACACGAAACCACCACUGCGGCAACCUUCAGAAUCAGGAAGGGGGAGAUCGUGUUCGUCUGUGAGUCCAACCCGCGAAGCACGACGGACUUCGUCGGCACAGGGAGGUCGCUCCUCUCCCUACGUCCAUGGACCCGUUGUGAAAAAAGUGAACAACUUCACGGCACAGGGGACGACACUGCUUUCUGCAGCACGGCGUUCUGCCAACUUUCAGGUUCCUACGAUUUAUCAGUACCCUGAAGAGUUGCUUGCAGCCGCCUCUCAAGGUGAUGUUGCGGUGUUUCAGAGACUACGAGAGGAGGACCCACAACUCUCACGUGGUUUUGAGAAAGUGCGUGACUAUUCAGGUCGGACCAUCCUGCAUAUUGCUGCAUGGUAUGGACACGUGCAGGUGCUGAAGAUAUUGCUGCAACCCACUCCGGUGGCUCCGCUUCUUGAGUUACGUGCCCUUCGGUCGGUGAAUGGAAACACAAUCCUCCACAGCGCAGCUCAGGGAGGGAGAGUGGAUGCAGUGCAGUGGCUUCGGUUUAGUACCGCCGCAGCGUCCCUCAUUGGACAGAGAAAUGCGCGCGGUAUCACGGCAACUGAGUGUGCUAGGGAAGCGGGCUUCUCGAAUGUGGCUUUGAUGUUGGCUGAAACAAUGUAA